GCUCUCAGUACGGCCCGUCGGCCGCCGUCCCCGGAAACGCUUCCUUUCCACGCAGCCGCAGGCCGCAGCUAUUCGGCCUCUCUAGGCCGGCAGGUCCUCCGCUCCAUGGUCCGGUCUGUCAGCGCAGUUUCGGGAAUCCGCCGCUGAGGCCCGGCCGCGCUCGGACGCUUCGAUCCUCGAGCCGGUCGCGGGUAGCCCGGCGAGCGCGGGCCGAUGGCGUGGCUACGCUGACCGGCGCGGGCGGCUGCCGAGCCCCGCGGGCCGGCAUGGCGGGCCAGUUUCGCAGCUACGUGUGGGAUCCCUUGCUGAUCCUGUCUCAGAUCGUGCUCAUGCAGACGGUGUACUACGGCUCGCUGGGCCUGUGGCUGGCGCUGGUGGACGCGCUGGUGCGCAGCAGCCCUUCCCUGGACCAGAUGUUCGACGCGGAGAUCCUGGGCUUUUCCACCCCUCCAGGCCGGCUCUCCAUGAUGUCCUUCAUCCUCAACGCCCUCACCUGUGCCCUGGGCUUGCUGUACUUCAUCCGGCGAGGGAAGCAGUGUCUGGAUUUCACUGUCACUGUCCAUUUCUUUCACCUCCUGGGCUGUUGGCUCUACAGCUCCCGUUUCCCCUCGGCGCUGACCUGGUGGUUGGUCCAAGCUGUGUGUAUUGCACUCAUGGCCGUCAUCGGGGAGUACCUGUGCAUGCGGACGGAGCUCAAGGAGAUCCCCCUCAGCUCGGCCCCUAAAUCUAAUGUCUAGAGUUGGGCCCUUCGGACACUCUGCUGGCAUUUGGCCCCCUGUCACCUUGGGCUGCUCAGACCUCCAGAUGGGGUCCAGCCCGAGUCUGAGAGGAACCCUGGAAAUGUGAAGUCUCUUGGUGAGAGAUAGUGAGGUCUUGUCACACAGGCAGGUAGCAGACAUGAUCACAGCUGCAAGAAUGGCCUCUGCCUGCCGGAGCCUUGAUAUCUGGAGGCCAGGAAGGGACCUCAUUGAGGGAAAUAACAGAUUUGGACCCAUGCCACCCUUGAGCCAUC